AUGCUUGUGAAUUAAUAAUCUAAGGUUAAUAAAGAGAAUCUAAACCCACUUCUGAUUGUCAAUUAAUAGGAACAACUCAAAUUGAAUGGGAUUUUACCCAAAAAUCAUUUUAAUCAAGGAAUCACAAAUAGAUAUUAAAGCACUGUUUCCUGCUAUUAAUAAUCUUUAACAAAAAGUCCUAGUUCAACAACAUUAUAAGAAUAAAUCGAAAGAAUUGUGGAGAAACUCAAAUAAAAAUAAGAAAAGGAAACCCUUCAACAGAAUGUAGAUAUAAACAAAUAUUCCAUCGAUGAGAUGAUUGACAUUCUAAAAAACGAUAGACUUUUACAUAUUCGAUCCUUGCAAAUUUAACCAAGUUCUAAUAAAAAUAGGCAAAACAGUCCUAAAACUAUUUUUCCUCCUCUACAAUUGAAAUAGAAUUUUUAAAGUUUUGAAACUACUAAAAGUUCCGAAAAUGAAACUACCACUCAUAAAUUUAGCUUGAAACCUCAAUUUCAUUAAUUGCCUAAACCUAAACCCAUUCAAAAAAAAGAAAGUAAAGACAUCAUCAAACCUCCUGAAGAAUCAAGAAAAAAAAGAACUAUCUCAUUAGUAAUUGAUCCUCCUCCCAAAAAAAUAUAAAUGGCUUUGUAGAAUACACAUAGGAUUGUCUAAUUAUGCAGUUAAUUUAAUAUAAACAAUAUAACAAAUGAAGAAUUACAUUAAUUAAUUAAAACUGAAGGAUUUAAAUUACAAUUUGAAUGUCUAGUUUAAUUUAGCAAUAAUAAUAAUUUAGAUUGCAGAGCUUAAUUAUAAAACUUUAUGACUUCAUAAAUUAAGAAAUAUAAAGAUUUAAGAAAUGCUGAAUUAGAGCAUUAACUAUAAAAAGAGAAUUUUAAUAAUACACUUGAGGUUUGUUUAACUAAAUUAAAAUCUAAAUUCUGA